AUGGAUGUUAAGUCUAAGUUUGGUGACGCUACUGCUAGUGUUCUGCAUGAUCGUGGUAAGCCGCCUGACCCGCUUGUUUCUUUUGCUAAUAAACCGACCAACGUAGAGGGAGCUGAUAGUAUGAAUGAACCUGUUGGUGAGGAGUUGCCGACACCUGGAACAGCACCUAUUCGUGGGAUCGGGUUAAGAGUUACUAACAUUGAAGGCAAUCCCUUAAUUCCGAGAAGAGGUAUGUUCUCUACAUCUAAUGUAUCGGUCUUGGACGGGCUGAUGAGUAUUUCCAAACCGAUUGAAAAUUUCUCCAAUGGUGAACCGUCCACGAUGGCUAAUAAGGUUACUGGGGCUGUUGUCAAGCCCAUGUCAUAUGCUGAGUCGGUAAAUGCAAAUAAUGGCAAAAAAGUGAAUUUUCGGUCGCUUGCUUGUUCUGUUAAUCAGGAGGGUUGUGAUGUUGUGUUACCGAGAGAAUCAGUACGGAUGGUCCAGGAUAAGUUGGCUAACACCCUUUAUGGGUACUUUUUGGGGGAUCGAGUUGCCUUCCCAGUGGUUGACUACUUUGUUCGGAUGAAUUGGAAGAAAUAUGGGUUACAAAAGACUAUGAUGAACGCUAAUGGUUUUCUCUUUUUCAAGUUUAGAGAUGAGGCUGGAAUAUCGAAUGUUCUUCAGGAUGGGCCAUGGAUUAUACGUUCUCAGCCUUUGUUUCUUAAUCAUUGGACCCCAACUACUAAACUCGAAAAGAAAGAGGUAACGAAAGUGCAAGUGUGGGUUAAAAUUCACGAAGUUCCUAUUGCGGCAUACACGGAGGAUGGCCUCAGCUUGAUUGCAACAACUAUUGGCGAACCAAAGAUGUUGGACUCGUUUACCACGUCAAUGUGUAUGGACUCUUGGGGACGUAGUAGCUACGCUAGAGCGUUGAUUGAAGUUUCAGCCGAUAGAGAAUUGCGAGAGGAAAAUACAAUGGCGAUACCUGAACUUGAUGGAGAGGGUUUUACAAAAGAAACGAUGUAUGUGGAGUAUGAAUGGAACCCGCAUCGUUGUGCUUCAUGUUGUGUCUUUGGCCACACGUCCGAGACUUGUCCAAAACUUCCUGUGAGAAAGGCUAAUAACUUGCAUCAGGUGCAAAAUCGGAAUGGUCCAAAGAACCCGAAAGGUAAAAAGUCUCCUGUUGUGGAUCAGGAGGGAUAUACAGGUGUGUAUGGGAAGAAAGCGGCCAAGAAAACUGGGAUACCCGUGAAUACACAGAAGCCUAAAUUUGAAUAUCGUCCGGUGGGACAAAAGUCAAAAGGAGAUUCUACUAAACCUAAGUCUCAGAACGGUAUGGAUGGUACUUCAAAUAAUAAUUCUUUUCGGUCAGCCAAUCCGUUUGAUGUUCUUAAUGAGGUGGAGGACGAACCGGGGCCUAGUAAAAGGCAACCGGACUUGAAUGAUGGGGACUCGGAUGAUGACGAUGUGGAGGAAAUUUAUGAUGAAAUGGAUGGGUUUAUAAUGGAUGGUACCCGGAAUAUAAAGAAUCACAAAGGGGCAAGCACUCCUUCUCCGAAAGUUACCAAUGAGUCUCAUGUGGAUGUCGGUAAGUUGGGCAAUGUGUGUAAAGCUGUGUUUCGUUCUUGGGAUUGGACUUCAAAUGGCGGGUGCUGUAACAAAGGUACAAGGAUAAUCAUUGGGUGGAACCCAGCUAUUUUUGAUGUUAUGAUCGUUGCUCAAUCUCCUCAGGUUAUGCAUUUACAGCUUGUGUUUAAAUUGGAUAAGAGAGUGCUUUUUUGUUCCAUUGUUUAUGCCGAUAAUUAUUAUGUUACGCGGAGGGAGUUAUGGCAUCUUCUGUCUAUGCAUAAGGUUUUUGUCGCGGAUCGGCCAUGGUGUAUUAUGGGUGAUUUUAACUCGGCUCUUAACAUAGAAGAUAAUUCGAUGGGUUCCUCAUCAAUUUUGAUUGGUAUGAGGGAUUUUCAGGAAUGUGUUGAUGACAUCGAAGUUGUGGAUAUUAAUCGUUCAGGUAUUCAUUUUACGUGGAGCCAAAAACCUAAAAACGGUGUGGGAUUACUAAAGAAAAUCAAUCGGGUAAUGGGAAACACUCCGUUUCUUACUGAAUACCCGAACUCGGUUGCCAUGUUCAAGCCAUAUAGACUUUCGGACCACUGCCCGUGUAUCUUGUCUAUUCCGGAAGCGUUAAAACUCAAACCAAGGCCGUUUAAGUUUGCUAAUUUUCUGGUUUUUAAACCAGAAUUUUUGGAGAUUGUUAAUAAACAUUGGAUAAUUAAUGUUGAUGGGGUUCACCAAUUUCGAGUUGUCAAGAAGUUAAAGUCGCUUAAACACCCGCUUCGGUCGUUGCUGUUUAAACAGGGUAAUCUCCACAAGAAAGUUGAAACUAUCCGUUUGAAAUUAGAUGAUAUUCAGCAAAAGAUUGACUUAGAGCCGCAUAAUGCUGAUUUGCGGAACGAGGAAGCUGCGGCUAGCCGUGAUCUUCAAGUUGCUAUGUUGGAUGAAGAGCGUUUUCUGAAACAAAAAGCUAAGGUAGAUUGGCUGAGUGCGGGCGACAUGAAUACGGCAUUUUUCCAUUCCUCUUUGAAAAUUCGUAAUCAUUGUAGUAGGAUCGAUAUCAUUAAAGAUACUCAAGGGAAUCUCUAUGAAGGUGAUAAUGUGUUUAAAGCAUUUGUCCAACAUUAUGAGAAAUUUUUUGGCAACAAAGAUGAUAUCUCCUUACAACCUACUCCAGAUUUAUUUCCGAAAGUUUUACCCCACAAUAUUGCUACGAGUAUGGUGCGGCUGGUUACGGAGGAGGAAGUUAAAAAGGCGAUGUUCUCCAUUGGCAAUGAUAAAGCUCCGGGUCCGGAUGGUUUUACGGCUGCGUUUUUCAAGAAUGCUUGGCCGCUAAUUGGUAAUGAUAUUGUUAAUGCCAUUAAAGAUUUUUUUGAUACUGGUAAUUUGCUUCGGGAGCUGAAUCAUACGCUUAUAGUUCUUAUUCCUAAAGUGCCAACGCCUAUGGUUGUUACUGAUUUUCGCCCGAUUGCUUGUUGUAACGUUCUAUACAAGUGUAUCAGCAAGAUAAUUGUUGAUAGGAUAAAGGGAGGUUUGAAUGAGAUUGUUAGCAUUAUUAAUCAAUCGGCAUUUGUCCCGGGCAGGAAAAUUUCGGACAACAUCUUAUUAACGCAAGAGUUAAUGCACAACUAUCAUCGAAAUGUGGGGCCUCCAAGAUGUGCGUUUAAGGUUGAUAUUCAGAAGGCGUACGACACGGUGGACUGGAGGUUUCUGAAAAGUGUGCUUCGUGGGUUUGGGUUUAACGAUAAUAUGGUGAGGUGGAUCAUGAUGUGUGUUUCCUCUACCUCAUUUUCGGUUUGUGUUAACGGCAUGGUUCAUGGGUUUUUCAGAGGUAAACGGGGGUUAAGGCAAGGGGAUCCUAUCUCUCCUUAUCUUUUCACUCUUGUCAUGGAGGUGUUGACGGGUAUUCUUCAGCACUCUGUUCGGAUAGAUUCCUCCUUCAAAUAUCAUAACAGAUGUGAAAAACAGCAGAUUAUAAAUCUUUGCUUUGCGGAUGAUCUGUUCCUUUUUGCAAGAGGGGAAGUGAACUCGGCCAAUUGUAUUAUGACCUCUCUUUCAAAAUUUUCUAAGAUGUCGGGCCUAGUGACUAACAACCAGAAAAGUACGGUCUUCUUUUGCAAUGUGAAAGAUCAUGUUAAACAGGAGAUUCUGGACAUUAUGCCUUUUGUGGAAGGUACGUUACCGGUCAAGUAUUUGGGUGUCCCUCUUAUUUCCUCUACGCUUAGGUACAGUGAUUGCCGUGUGCUCGUGGAAAAAUUAGAGAAACGUAUUAUGCACUGGAAGAAUAAAUUGUUAUCGUUUGCGGGGCGGCUUCAACUGAUUAUCUCAGUUCUCUCUUCAAUGCAUAUUUAUUGGUCCUCUGUGUUUUUGCUUCCUGUGCGGGUUGUUAAGGAGCUUGAAGCUAGAAUGAGAAAUUUCUUAUGGUCUCAAGAUGUGUCGUUCAAUAGAGGUAAAGCUAAAGUUUCGUGGAAAGUGGUUUGUGCUCCUAAGUAUGAAGGUGGUUUAGGCAUUAGACGGAUUGGGGAUAUGAAUAAAGCCCUGAUGGCGUCUCAUAUUUGGAGUAUUGUGAUGAAGCGGGAUUCUCUUUGGGUCAAGUGGGUUCACUCUUAUCGGCUUAAAGGAAAGAAUUUCUGGGUUUGCAAAGCUACUUCAAAUUCUACUUGGUCAUGGAGGAAAAUCAUUCAGUUGAGGCAUGUUAUUCGGAAAUAUGUUUGGUCCGAUGUGGGUAAUGGCCGUGAUACAUCAGCUUGGUUUGAUUUUUGGAGUGAUUUAGGCCCUCUUGGUGAUUUUCUGUCACCAAGGACUAUUACGGAUGCUGAUUUUCGGUUAGAUGACACUGUUUUCAAUAUUUUCUCUAACGAUACUUGGAAUUGGCCUGUCGCAUGGAGGGAUCUUUUCCCUGUUCUUAUUCAGCUGGAUCACUUUCGUUUAGACCCGUCAAAAUCUGACCGAUUGCUAUGGAAAGAUGGGAACGAAUGUCAGGAUUUCUCUUCGUCAGCCGUAUGGCACUCGGUUCGUCAUAGAGAAUCAGAGGUUGAUUGGUGUGGUAUUGUUUGGUUUGCUCAAUGUAUCCCUAGGCACGCGUUUAUGAUGUGGCUGAUUAUGAAGAGAAAGCUCCUUACUCAAGACAAGAUUCUGCAGUGGGAUUUCUCAAGGCGGAAAAACAUGAAUAUGAUGUGCUGUCUAUUGUGCUACGAGAACUUUGAUUCUCAUCAGCAUUUAUUCUUUGAAUGCAAAUUUUCGGACGAAGUCUGGAAUAUGAUUCGGGGUAAAGUGGGUAUGGAGGCUGUGUGUUCGAGAUGGGCGGAUAUCACCGAGUGGCUAUGUGCUCGCAUUCGGUCAAAGAAAGUGGAGAUUUAUGUCGCGAAGCUUCUAGUUGCGGCUGCUGCGUAUACGAUUUGGCAAGAGCGGAAUGCUAGACUAUUCAGAAACCAAUUACGUCCACCUGAAAUGGUGAAGGAUGCUAUUCUGAAAACUGUGAGAUACAAGCUGAUGGGAGCUAAGCUGAAGAUCAACGCUAGGGUGCGGAAGCUGCUUGGGGAUUGGGAUGUUGCAACUGAAACGAAAGAUGACGGAGGCUAA